AUUCGAGUCAAAGUAACGGGUAGUGGGUCAAGAUACUUCACGUCAGUUUUGUUUUUGUUCUAUUUACAUGUAAAUUUUACAAUGAAUGAAGAGUGUGUUUUAAACAGUAAACACCUUCAUGUUCAUGAGUUUGCUGUGUGUGAUUUUGAAGCUUAAAACACCAACAAAGGGUUGUGCUACACGCACCCCAUCCCUAUUUAUUUUACUAAAUGUAUCUCUUCUCUACUUUUUUUUGAACGGCUUAGAUCACCUGGGUAAGUCGUUUGCCUACAACCUACACACCCACGGUUCGAAUCCCCAGCGCAUACAGGCUUUUCAACCCCUCGCCCGAAGGCUUCGCAUGUUUUGCAUACCCCAUGGAUCGAACUCGGAACCACCCGGGCGGGAACCAACGCAAGCGUGGUAAACCCUCCCACCUCCAACCAGCUGGGCUGGCCAUCAUUGGCGUAUCUCUUCUCUACUAAAUCAGUCAUUUCAUCUCUCCCUACUUUUAUUCAAUAGAGGUGUUCACUAAAGCAUACAAGGGCACAUUUAAUCAAUCCCUUUAUUAAUAGCUUAACAUGUGUUACUUAUAAUCAAACUUUUACCAUGCAGAUCUUAGAUGCAGCUGUUGGUGAUACCGAAAUAAUGGCAGAUCGGUAUGAAUAUGCUCAGAUCAGAUCGGGACUCUUGGAUUUUUUCAUUGCAUCGGAUUUGGAUUUUUCAUUGACUUACUGUGAAACACUAUGGGUCAUCUUCUGUUUCUGAGACUGGUGAGCUUGAUCAAGAAGAACUUGCUAUGUGUUUGAUGAUGUUGUCGAAAGAUUCCGCGAAUUGGGCUGGUGUGAAUUCGGUUGUCGAAUCGUCGGACAAUAACUCUGCUGUUCUCGAGACGAAAUCGUCUUCGGUUGAAAGAAUCAGUAAGAAAGCAAGUGGCGGUUUGGAUGCCGAUACUGUUCAAUUCGAGAAUCUUACUGCUAGAAAAGUGGAAUCGGACAUUUCGGUUGAGGAAUUGCUUCGAUACGGUGACCCGAACAAGAAGUCGAAAUGGGUAUUCGAUAAAGCGCAAGAACUGACUUACGAACAGAAUCUCGAAAUAAGAAGGAAUUUGUUUAGAGAAUUCACGUAUUUGAAAAAAAGAGUUCGCGAUGAUGAUGAUUCGUAUACUCCUGAACUAGAACGCGAGGGGCCGAAUAAGAAACGGAAUAAGUACGAAUGCUUGAACUGCAACAAGCUUUUUACGUCGUUUCAAGGGCUUGGCGGGCAUAGACCGUGUCACAAAAAGAACAAUACGGUCGGGUCAAAACACGACAGUGGCGAAAACAGUUUAGAAGGUGACUUUGCACAUACUCGAAAGGCGAAAUACGAUAAGAAAACGAAGGUGAAAAAGAUCAAAGGGCACGAAUGCCUGAUUUGUUUCAGGAUGUUUAAAUCGGGGCAAGCUUUAGGUGGUCACAAACGGUGUCAUUGGCAGAUUCUCAACCUCUUGAUGAAGAUUCUAAAAUUAAAAUUAUUGAGUAACAGAUGCAGCCAAACAAAGCAAGUGAAAAUCAGAUGGAUCUACCUCAAUCUUUAUCUGGAGUUGAUUCAAGCACAGAGACUCCUGUUAACAAACUAACAGGAUCCCAUUCUAAGUCUAGGCGUACAACAAUAAGGGGACGGAAUAAUGCUAGAAAGACUCCUUCAGUUGAAUCUUUUGAUUCUUCUGCUGAAGAAGAGCAAGAGGAAACACAAUACUUCAAGCUAGCUUGGAAAGAAGGAAGCAAGCAUUACACGAACGUAGGAUGACACUUGAACAAGAUGCACGAAAUUCAAACUUCGAUGACUAUUUCUCGUUAAAUGGAAUAUAAAAGUUUAGAAACCCGGACUGGGUAGUGGUUCAUAAUAGACAUCGUAAAUGAAUCUGAUGUCAGUCUGGACACCCGUGGCAACGCGCGGGCAU